AUGGCAUGUUUAGCGAAUCCAAUCGAGGAGAAGCUAGUCAAAAGUCCACUUGUCUUGAUUUUCCCAGAUGUCAACUCACUGGUGAUUCUUCGAAAAGCAUUCAAUGAUCCUUUAUACUAUCAAAGUGAUGGCGACUACUUGACAGGAGUGUGGAAACUUGGUAAUUCUUGUGAAGCUUCACUAUUGGCUCGGCUAAUUACUUUCUUGAAAUAUGCUGAUCCCAACAGUGGGUUAUUUAAAUCAUCUAGCAUGAAAUCCUUUGGAAUUUCAAGAACACUUAGUCAAAUACCAUGUGACGAACUAUGGGAGAAGAGUGUACAGGCUUUCUUUCAAGCUUACGAUGCUCUCAAAAAGCAUAUAGUUUUGAAUAAACUGAAAGAGUCUCGAUGGACACGUGAUAAAUGUGAGAUGUACCCACGUCUAUGGGAGGAUUAUGGCGUUGAUAGUCGCUCGAAAGAAGCUCUGAUCAAUGGGUUUGUGAAAUCGGCUGGAAUUCCGUAA